AUGGAGCUAGUUGGGAGUGUUUUCACAAUGUACAAAACCAUUGAUGUCUCCAGAAACAAACUCGAAGGAGAUAUCCCUGAAUCCAUUGGUUCACUCAAGGAACUCAUUGUGCUCAACAUGUCAAACAAUGCUUUCACAGGUCGUAUUCCACAAUCUCUGGCGAACUUGACCAAUCUCCAAUCAUUGGAUCUAUCUCAAAACAGGUUAUCUGGUGAAAUCCCACCACAGCUCGGGAAACUCACGUUUAUAGAGAGGAUGAACUUCUCUUACAACAGACUCGAAGGUCCAAUACCACAAGGCACUUAG